AUGUACUCACCAGAGAUGUACUUCUAUUCCUUCCAAAUGCCAGUCCAGCACCAGAAGACCCGUACACCACAAAGUAUUAGAGACUAUGAAAAGGUCCAGAAGAGGAUGAAAGAUAAUGGCUCAAAAGUUGACCAAGUCUCAACUUUUAUUGAUAAGUAUUUUGGCACUCAUGUAACAAUUGCCAUUUUAACAAGCCUUGCAAAAAUAGUCAUGGGAAGAUAUGCCCUUAAACUCGAUAGACUUGCUAGACGCAACAGAUCAGCUUUGCUCUGCUGGUAUGCAGAGAACUGGGAUGUUAUAUUCCCACUUCUCAACGACUCCGCAUUCGAGAUGAAACUCAAGAGUAUAAAGAGAUUGCAAAAUAUGAGACCAAAGAUCGAACCACUUGCUCCAAAGCCUGCAAAUACAGAGUUCAUUGAUCCAAGUGACUUAACACUACUUCUUAACUUCCACUAA